UGAUAGCAUUAUCCAAACAUGACCCCAUGACCAUGUUUGGACAAUGUCAUUGGCCAAAUAUGGCCAUGUGGUCACAUUAGCAUACUGUAUAGCAAUGUUGUAUUAUCUGAAAGGUUAUGAUCAGGGGCGGACUGACCAUUUGGAAACUCGGGCACUGCCCGAGGGCCCGGGGUCAGUAGGGGCCCCAUGAGAUGCCCCUGGUACCUUUUUCAUAGGCUUUUUUGAGUUUGGGCAAGGACACAGGGGCCCCAUGAUCCCCUAUUGCCCGGGGGCCCCAUGA